GGGAACGUGGAAAAGUCAGAAAUAUUUGGAUAAAUGCAGAAGCAGGGACCCUGAGGGAAGAGGACUGGCCAAGCCAGUGGGCUUCGGUCUGCCGACGGGCAGCACCUCCACUCCAGGAGGACGCCACUCGCUGCCCAGCAGUGCGGUCUGGACCAGGGCAGGUGGAAAGGCAGGAGGAGAGGCCAGAGACCGAGGAGCAGGCUUGCCUGGCUGGGCAGACAUGGGAGAGGCCUGAGUCAGGCUUCUUUGAUGCCAGGCCUCGUCCUGCAAGCCUCCCUCCCCAGUCCUCUCAAGCUCCCCCCAGUCAGAGGCUUCCUGCGGCCAGAGCUGUCUCCCUGAACACUAGCUGCCCCAAGACCUCAGGCGAGAGCAGACCGGAUGGAGGCCAGAGGGGAUGCAGCAGUCUGAUCCGCAGAAAAUCUGGCAGCUGGAUGGAGAGCAUGAGCUGUGUUGGUGGGGGCUGCACCAAAUCUCUGGGCCAGGAUUUGCCUUACAGUGGAAGUCCAAUUUCAGGGCCACCAGACAGCUCUGUCUGUUGGGGGCCCCAGCACUGGCCCUGGCGCAGAAAGGGAACCCCAGGCUGCCAGGUCUGGAAGAAAGGUGAAGUCCUUUGUGUGUGCAGCCUUAUUCCACUUGAGCCUCAUCAGCUCCCUUGGGUUUGCAGGCUUAGCGCCUGUCCAAGGGUUCUAGUCACAUCCACCGGCACUGCAGCACCUCCAGCUCCUGCCCGGAACCUGCCACCCCUUCCUCUCCCUGCGAAACUGUCCUACUGCUUUAGAGCCAAACCCUCACUCCAGCUGCAGCUGCCCUGUUCUCCCAAAAAGGGGAGUGAGCCGGGAGCAAGCACCCAAGGGGCGUCUCCAGCCGACGGGGUGCCCGGCGUCUGGAUGCUCUCCAGCCCUCACCAUCUCUCUGUGUUGCGGAAGAGGAGCCUGAGGCUGCGGCCACCGCGUCGCCCCGGCCAGCCCCACAGACCAGCGGGACCGGCCUGGGUCGGGGCGCAGCCGCCCUUGCCCUGAAGUCCCAGGGAUGAAGCAGCCCGAGGCCGGGGUCUGGCAGAGAGGGCUGCGGGCCCUCCUCCUCCCACUGUGGGGCAGGCUUGGGAUCACAUUUCCAGGGAAACGAUUUGGGGGCGCCCAUGGAAGGGCAGAAGAAAGACCCAGAAAGGGUGCCCCGGCAGGUUCUGGGGGAGCCCGGUGCAGGGGGCUCGAAGCCAUCCGGCCGUCCCCUGCAAGCCUGUCCCCGUCCGCCGCGGGGGCGGGGCCGUUGGCAGGGGUCCCUCUGUCCCAGAGCGGGGACGCCGGCCGGCAGCCAGUGCUGAGGGGCUGGGGUCGCCGGGCAGGCGCGUGCCUCGCCACCGGCCCCAUUACGCUGUAUUUAUGUUUGCCUUUAUUGUUUUUCCCCUCUUAUUACGGUCUCACUCAGGGGGAGGCAAAAGAUAUAAUAUAUUCAUCUUUAUUAUACCAAA